GAAUAAAGAGCAGAUCACUCUGAAUGUUGGAAGGUUCCAACGUGAUAAGCGACUAGCCGGUGUUCGUUGAAAACCAGAAUAUGGCCGAAGAGGAAGAAAAGGGUUAUAGAUGGGAGACAGAAUAUGAACGCACAUGGGAGGCUAUUCAAGAGGAUGAGAAAGGCUCACUGCAGGCAAGUGUGGAUGACAUCAUCAGCAAAGCCAAGAGGAGAAAACUCCUGGAGAAAAUCAGCAAUGUCAGACUUGGAAUGAUGAGACAUUUAUUUCUCAUCAUUGACAUGUCAGAAGCCAUGAAUGACCAAGAUCUGAAACCCACUCGUCUACUGUCAACAUUGAAACUCUUGGAGUAUUUUGUUGAAGAGUAUUUUGAUCAAAACCCAAUUAGUCAGCUGGGCAUCAUUACAACAAAGAACAAAAGAGCAGAAAAAAUAUCAGAGUUAGGGGGAAAUCCCAGAAGACAUAUAACAACUUUACAGAGCCUUGUCAAUAAAACUUGUCAGGGGGAACCAUCUUUACAGAACACUUUAGAACUGGCCCAUCAGACUCUCAGACACAUGCCCGGACAUGCUAGCAGGGAGGUUCUAGUGAUCUUGGGCAGUCUCACAACGUGUGAUCCCGAUAACAUAUUUAGCACAGUUUCUAUGCUCAGAGAUGGAAAUGUCAGGUGUUCUGUCAUUGGUCUGGCAGCUGAAGUGUGUGUCUGUAAAAAGUUAUGCAAGGAAACACAUGGCAGCUACAAUGUCAUUUUGGAUGAAGGUCACUUCAAGGAUCUUCUCACACAGCAUGUCACUCCACCACCUGCUACAGCCAAUACAGAAUCAUCACUCAUUAGAAUGGGUUUCCCUCAUCAUCAGUUAAAUGCAGAUAAAGAGGAGAGACCGUCCAUCUGUAUGUGUCAUCUUGACAGUAAGAAUGGCCAAGGCUUCAGUAGUACUGGGUACUUUUGUCCUCAGUGUAAAAGUAAAUACUGCGAACUGCCAAUAGAAUGCAAAGCCUGUGGCCUGACCCUGGUGUCAGCCCCUCACCUAGCUCGUUCAUAUCAUCAUCUGUUUCCAUUGGAUCAGUUCCGUGAAAUCCCUACAGCUCAGAUGGGAUCAAACGUAAUAUGUUUUUCAUGUCAAUCAACCGUUCAAGAACUUAAUGUGUAUAUUUGUGACAAUUGUCAACAGAUUUUCUGUUUGGAUUGUGAUUUAUUUAUUCACGAGACAUUACAUUCCUGUCCAGGAUGUGCAAGCUCAAGGCAAACGCAACAGCUGGCCAAAAUGGCGGGAUUUUCUUGACAAGAAUAAAUUUUAAUAUCAAAACAU